UUGAAGAUGGUUGAAUUUCGUCGGAAUGAAGGUUUCUUCAGGUAUCGCUACGAGUACUUAGCCGCAGUGACUGCUACAAUGUCAUUAGUGGCGACAGUUGCGGCAGCCGGCUGGUCAUCGCCGGCAAUUCCGGCUUUGAAGCAGGCAGACUCACCGAUUCCUAUUACUCCAGAUCAGGGAUCAUGGAUUGUGUCGAUUCUUUCGAUCGGAUCUUUGUUCGGUCCGAUCAUCACUGGUUUCACAAUCGAUCGAUGGGGACGCAAAUUAGUCCUUCUCCUUUCAGUGAUUCCUCUAACCAUAGGCUGGAUAAUGAUCGUGUUUGCCUCAAAUAUUCCUAUAGUCUACGCAGCCCGAUUUUUACACGGAAUAUCUUACGGAAUGGCCUACACAAUAACCCCGAUCUAUCUGGGAGAAAUCUCCUCCAACGCGAUCCGUGGCUCAACAGGAGUUUUAGUGACAGUGAUGGCAAAAGUAGCAUUCUUAAUCGAGUACAGUGUAGGACCUUACGUCAGCUUCCAAAGUCUGGCGUUGAUUUCGAUGACCUUCCCAAUCUUCUUCAUAACCGCCUUUUUGUGGAUGCCAGAGACACCGUACUUCUUCCUAGCCAGAGGCAACGACAAGGCGGCACUUAAGAGCCUGCAGUGGCUUAGACAAACGAGCUCCGAUGAACUCUACCUCGAGCUCCAUACAAUGAAAGCUCUAGUCCAAAAAAGUGCUCAAAACUCCUCACCCUGGAAAGAUCUCUUCACAAAAGCCAACCGAAGAAGCCUAGCAAUGAUUUUGCUCCUAUCGUUCGGGAUGCAACUGACCGGUAUCAACGCCAUCCUGGGAUACUCACAAACGAUCUUCGCCAAGCUAGAUAUGGAUCUAAACGCAGCUGAACUCUCGAUCAUCCUGGGUGUAGUUCAACUGAUUGCCGUCUUCAUACCGACGUUCUUCGUUGACAAAUGCGGGCGACGACCGCUCUUGCUUCUGUCCUGCACCGGAUCCCUUUUCGGUCUACUUUGUUGUGCCUGCUUCUUCACUCUAACUGCUUUCCAGUAUUCCGUAGAGCAAUACAGCUGGAUUCCCUUCGUAGGCGCCUUGAUUUUUAUCAUAUUCUUCGCCUUCGGGUUGGCAACGGUUCCAUUUGCCAUCCUCGGGGAAGUUUUCCCCAAGCACAUCAAAGCUUGUGCCAAUGCCCUGUUUGCAAUGAUCAGCUCGGUGGUGGUGUUUACCAUUAUCAAACUGUUCCAGGUUAUAUCCGAUGGAGUCGGAACGUACGUAUCGUUCUGGACCUUUUCGGUUUGUACCGCCAUCACCGGACUGCUGAUAUACGUGUUCAUUCCGGAGACGAAGGGAAAAUCCUUCGAAGAGAUUCAACAGCUGAUAACCGAUAAGCGGAAAAAUACCACCAAACGGGCGCCGCUGUUGUGUUGA